CCUCAGCCGGCAUCUCACCCCCUCUAAACUGCCAUCUCGGGACUACCACAGGCCACACUUCCUCUCUCCCCUUGCCUUGCUCGCACACAGCUUGUUCGCGGCUGGCUGGCUGGCUGGUUGGCUUGCUCAUAACCUUUUACCCCUGCGCCUCGGUGGUAGCAGCAGACGCGUGCGUGUGCUGGGUGAGUGUUCAUUGCAGCGUCACCGUCAAGGGGUGGAUCGCGAGAGUUCUGUGUGGUUGAGGUUGUUGGAGAUCAGUGAGAGAGUGUGUGUGUGUGUGGGUUUUGCCGGUAUCGCUACCGACGAGCCGGCAUUCGAAGACGUGUGCAGGGAGCCCUGCAUUCUGUCUGAGUUGACCAGUGCUGUUGUUUUUCGGUGAGGUAGAGUUUGAGCUCGUGGUUGUCGGUGGUGAUGCGUGUUGUGUUUCUCGGCUGCUGUGAGUGUUGGAAGAGCGCACUGGAGCGUGCUCGACCCUUCGUGGAAACAUACCAGUUGGGUACCUAAUUUUAGCGGAUGAUCAGGAGCACGGGGUUGCAAGUGGGGAGUUAGUUGCACAUUUUGUUCGUCAUGCAAUUAUUCUAGACCUACUUGCAAAGGUUUCGGUUCUGACCGCUCCUUCUUGCGCUGGGAUCCAAUUUGGCUGACGCUCUCGGGAUCGAGACAGCGAUCAGAAACAACGAGACAGAUUUAUUUUCAACAGCACCAGUGCAAGGGCAUGCAAUUCAUUUGGCUGAAUUUGAAGCUCGUCGCAGUUUUGGAUUGCCGAUAGCGUCGACAGCACUGACGAAUGCAAGGAUUUCCUCCCGCAUUUGUAGCUUGACUUGGGAACCUUUUUUUUUUUCUUGUUUUUAAUUUAGACAAUUAUUCAAUUUCCUCCUCCUCCUCCUCCUGAUAUUCUGUAGCAUGGAUACCCCCCACGAACACCCUUGAACGCAGUAGUUCGCAGUUCUCUAUCCAGGCACUUGAACGAGACAGAAGAAAACGUGCAUCAUUCUUCUCUGCCAAUGCGACGCUUAUUCCUCUGAGGCAUAGAUUUUAUUUUCCUUCACAAGGUCCUUAAAAUUCCCAUUAAUACUCGUCGUUUUAGCAGCUAGAAAUAGCAUGCAGAAGUCAAGCUGGGGCACAUUUUAAUAGUGUGCAAUUGGAGGGUGAAUUUUAACAUUAAUCGGAUCAGCUCGCGACCAUUUGUACGCAGUCAAGAUGAAUUACUCUCAAGACGCAAGCGUUUCCGUGUCUGCUCAUGAGCCAGCGCAGUAUUUGCAGAAGCAACUCGAGAGCUUGUUGCAACACCUGGGAUGGUCCUACAUUGCUCUUUGGACUUUCAAUCCUCAGACCAGGAAUCUGGGAUGGAAAGGGGGUCACUUCAGAGUGAAUUCGACAGCGGUGAACAGCCAUGGUGACACAGAAGUUUGGAGUAAGGAGCUUUUUAAUUCUACGUACAAUUCCUCCACGUUCCCUCGUGGCCGUGGGUCUGUUGGCAGGGCAUUCGAUGAAAGAAGGAAUGUUUGGUUGACGAGACCGUCCGUAGUCCAGUCCGCUGGAUCCAAGGAAUUAUCUCAGUUUUUAAGCCAUGCGAGAAUUGAGACCGCGAUGUUCAUUUACUGGACCGAUGGUAUACUAGAGAUCGGUACUUGUGAACGUGUAAGCACCUACCGAAUAAUUAUACACACACACACACACACAUAUAUAUAUAUAUAUAUAUAUACACAUACAUACAUACAUAUACAUAGAAGAUUCUGAUGCAUCCCCCAUUUGCACUUUCUUUUGAAUAUCAUGG